AGAUUAAACCUCUCUCCUCUCUGUCACUCACCGAAGGAGGGAGAAGGGAGAAGAGGGAUGAGAGUCGCGGCUGCAGAAGCACCACAUUUGGAAGUUCUGCAGAAAAACGUUCCUGGGAUUUUUUCUGCCAUCAGAGUUGGAUGCGAGACUAAACACAGUCCUUCAUAGCGCACGUGAAGUGUUCCUCACCGACCACGGUCCACUUCUGGAUGAAACGCUGUGUGCAGGUUUCGAGGGGACAAACACCGCGGCCGGGGCAAAUUGCAGGUUACGGUGAAGAGACAGCGUCCAGCAGAAAGGUGGUUGGAAGAUCGUGAUGUGGUCGUGUGAGUUAUGAGCUUCUGUGGUCGGCAGACGUUCAGAGGGAAACAGGGAGAGUGUGAGGAGGCGAGGGAGGACUCAAACUGCUGCGACGUCUGAUCACGGAUUCACCUUUUCUCCAGCUCAAAAAGAAAUGACAACUCCCCUGCUACACAUCAACAGAACGGUUGUUUGAGCCACCGACUGUGAGAGCGAUGAAGGAGGCCGACCCGAGCAGGGAGAACCUCCUGACGUGGGAGUGUGAGCAGCCCUGGAGCUCCGGCCUCAAACCUGCUGCACGUCUCUGCCUCGACACCUUGGACUUCUCAGACCUCUGGGACGAGGAGGACAGCGCAGAGGACGAGGGAACGGUUCCAAUCUGUGAAUCAUCAACAGGCCUCCAAGCCCCUCCAGCGCCCCCUCCUCUUCCUCUUCUUCCUCCUCCUCUUCCUCCUCCUCCUCCUCCUCUGGGCCCAGCUUUGCCCUCGACCUCCCUGAAAGGUACAAGCGUGACAUGUCGCACCUUGAAGCUCCACUGGAGGGAAAUGCAGACUCUGGCUCCCCUGCCCAGGAUGACCCGCUUUGGGACGCAGACUAUCUGGGCCGCUCUCGAACCAGUUCAUGUGGAUACAAACCGACUGCAGCACCUGUUUGAGUCCAAGGGCAGCACCUGCUUCAAUGUGGCUUCUGGGCGGAAGAAGCAGCCGUCAGUGUCAGUGCUGGGGAUGAAGAGGAGCAACAUCAUCACCAUCACCCUGAGCAGCCUGCCCCCUCCCCGCCUCCUGCCCCCGGCCAUCUACAGCAUGGACAGCAGCGUGUUGGACCGAGAGGACGUCCAGCGGCUGCAGGCAUUAAUCCCAACAGAGGAGGAACUCUGUCUGAUCAAGGACGCCAAGGCCCAGAACCCCCACGCUCACCUGGCCCAGGCCGAGCUCUGCCUCCUCACGUUGGGCGACAUCUCUCACCUGAGCUCCAGGCUUCAGCUGUGGGCCUUCGCACUGGACUACGACUCCUUGGAGAGGGAGAUUGCCGAGCCUCUCUUCCACCUGAAGAUGGCUAUGGAGCAACUAGCCGCCAGUCAGACCUUCAGAUGUAUCCUGGCAACGGUGUUAGCCAUCGGCAACUUCUUGAAUGGAUGCAAGGCCCGUGGGUUUGAGCUGAGUUACCUGGGGAAGCUGUCGCAGGUGAGGGACACACACUCCCGCCAGCCGCUGCUUCACCACGUGUGCGUGCUGCUGCUGCAGCUCUACCCACAAUCCUCGGAUCUCUACUCCGACAUCAGUGCCGUUACCAAGGCUGGAAAGUGCGAUUACGCCCUCGUCCAGUCCAACCUGUCUCAGCUCGACGCCCUCUGCAAAGAAUCAUGGGAGCAGCUGAAGGUGGUGGACAAGGCAGAGGAGAAGAGGAAAGGAGGAAAGGGUGAGAGGAGGAGGGCAGCAGCGGGAGACGAGGCCCGGGAAGGUUCCCUCCGUCACCGGCUUCCGAAGAUCCUGAAGGAGUGUGAGGAGAAGCUGAAGGUCCUCAGAGCUGUUCACCGCCGGGUCGUCAACAGGUUCCACUCCUUCCUCUUGUUCCUGGGCUACUCCCGAGCCACGGUGAGGGACACCAGAGCCGAGGACUUCUGCAGGACCAUCAGUAACUUCUCUCUGGAGUACCGGUCCACGCGGCAGGACGUCCUGCUGCACCGGGAGCGGGAACGACACCGGAGCGGAGCCCAGAGCCAAGGAACCAGAACUCCCGCCGGCCGGAGGACGUGUCAACACACUCCCUCACAUGACGGCGAGCGGAGCAACGAGCAGUGUGAGCUGGAGCAGCUGCUGCUGAGGCCGGACGCCUCGCUGCCCCGGGGCCGCAGGAGGACGGCUCACCUCCAAGGUCCUGUCUCUCAGAAGCUGAAGUGGUGACGCUACUGAAGAAACACAUCAUCUGACUGAGACGUUGUUUUUCAGUUUUCAUAAUAUCUGAGUCACAUAACCAUGUCAAUUUUUAAUCAUGUUUUUCUUUUGUGAAGUGAAGAUGCAUUAAAAAAAAAAUCUGUUUUUGAUA